AGGCUGGGGGGUGGGGGCGCUAAAUAUUUCCACGGGGCUCCUGCGAGGAUGCGGCAGGACCGCUCGGCCGGGUGCUCGGCGCGGUUCUGUGCCUGAGAGUUGGCUGCGAGCGACCCCCACCGCCCGGAGCCUGGGUGCGGGCUCUCCCAGCAAGGAGUCCAGGGCGAGGACAGCGGGGCCGCUGCCUGGGCCAGGGAGGGGCUGAAAUCAGAGCUGGGGAGGCGCCCCCCCCCCCCCCCGGGCUGUCACCCUUGAGGGGCCGAGCCGAGGCGGGCGAGGGCGAAGGCGGAGUUGGAGAGGUGGCUGCCUGGAGUUGCACGGGGCGCUGAGGCUUUUGAUGUCCGAGCCGUUUAUCUACUGGGCGAGGAGGCGAUUUAUGCAACAGUCUCCUGUGUCAGCACCGCCAAGGCUAUGCGAGAACGCGGCCAGGACAGCCUGGCAGGACUCGCGCUGUAUGUAGGACUCUUCGGACACCCCGGGAUGCUGCACAGGGCCAAGUACAGCCGCUUUCGGAACGAGUCCAUCACGUCCUUGGACGAAAGCAGCCCCGAAGGCUCGGUUGGGAACAAGGGCUCACAGCAGCCUCCCUACCCCGCCCUGACACCUCACCUGCCGGCCGAAGAUGCCACCCUGCCGUCCCAGGAGAGCCCCACCCCACUGUGCACCUUGAUCCCCCGCAUGGCGAGCAUGAAGCUGGCUAACCCUGCCACUUUGCUGAGUCUGAAAAACUUUUGCCUGGGUACCAAAGAGGUGCCCCGGCUGAAGCUCCAGGAAAGCCAGGACCCGGCUCCCAGCAACCCCACUUCCCCCGAAACCAGCCUAAGUAGGGCUGGGUCUGCACUUCCACCGCGGCCGGACCUGGUGGGGCACAGGGCAAGCGCCUUAACCCCUGAUGCCUGCCCCCUUCCCGGCCCUGGGGAGCCAACCCCCAGGAGCAGGCAGGACAGGCACUUUCUGCAGCACCUGUUGGGGAUGGGCAUGAACUACUGUGUGAGGUACAUGGGCUGUAUUGAAGUGCUGCAAUCAAUGAGGUCACUGGAUUUUGGAAUGAGAACCCAAGUUACAAGGGAAGCAAUAAGUCGCCUGUGUGAAGCUGUCCCUGGGGCCAAUGGAGCCAUUAAAAAGCGAAAGCCUCCAGUUAAGUUCCUAUCAACAGUUCUUGGCAAAAGUAAUCUUCAGUUUUCGGGAAUGAAUAUAAAACUGACCAUCUCAACAUGCAGCCUCAUAUUGAUGAAUCUUGACAACGAACAGAUUAUCGCAAAUCAUCAUAUGCAGUCUAUUUCAUUUGCCUCUGGAGGGGAUCCUGAUACUACAGACUAUGUUGCCUACGUAGCUAAAGAUCCAGUUAAUCAACGAGCCUGUCACAUACUGGAAUGCCGCAAUGGGAUGGCCCAAGAUGUCAUAAGUACCAUAGGGCAGGCUUUUGAACUUCGGUUUAAACAGUACUUGAAAAAUCCUUCUUUGAAUACUUCUUGUGAAAGUGAGGAGGUACAUAUUGAUGGCCAUGCUGAGGAGAGAGAAGAUCAUGAGUAUUACAAUGAAAUUCCAGGGAAGCAGCCACCUGCAGGUGGUGUUUCCGAUGUGCGGGUCAAAAUUCAGGCCACAGAAAAAAUGUCUUACUGCCCCAUACGUUGCGAAAAGUUGUGCUAUUUGCCUGGAAACUCCAAGUGCAGCAGUGUAUACGAGAACUGUUUAGAACAAAGCAAGACAAUAGGUAAUGCCCAUGAGAGAGGGGUGCAGUCCCAGCGAGACGCCUCAUUAAUGAAGCACACAUGUCGAGUGGAUCUCUUUGACGACCCCUGCUACAUUAAUACGCAGGCUCUUCAAAGUACACUUGGCUCUGCUCGAAAUCAAAGCUCAGCUCAACCAGUGGGGAGCCUGUGGAACUGUGGAAAGCCACCAGAAACUGUUCAGCCAGGUGCCACAGCCCAGACUGCCAGCUCACAUUCUUUGCCACACAUUAAGCAGCAGCUGUGGAAUGAAGAGUGCUACCAUGGCAAGCUGAGCAGGAAGGCGGCAGAGAGCCUCUUGGUAAAGGAUGGGGACUUUUUGGUUCGAGAGAGUGCAACAUCACCUGGCCAGUAUGUGCUGAGUGGACUCCAGGGAGGUCAGGCAAAACAUCUUCUCCUGGUGGAUCCUGAAGGCAAGGUGAGGACCAAGGAUCAUGUAUUUGAUAAUGUCGGCCACCUUAUCAGAUACCAUAUGGAUAAUAGUUUGCCAAUCAUCUCUUCUGGAAGCGAAGUAAGCCUUAAACAACCAGUGAGAAAAGACAAUAAUCCGGUACUUUCGCAUUCCAACAAAUGACAACAUUGAAGCACCAUCACACUGAUAUAUCAAGAAACUCCAUUCUGUGUUAGGACACAAAGUUAAUUCAAACUUUGCUUCUAGAUAAAAUAGAGCACAAACUGUGAAGUGCAUCUUUCUGAAACCAACAUGGACUAGGUCCUUUAUAAAACAAAGAACAAAAUUUGAUCUGUAGAAAUGAAAAUCGGAAAAGAGGAAGAGGAUUGGUCCAUUUGAAAAGAAAUUAUACAUAUGCACGGAUGUCACUUUUUAAGGUCAUAUAAGAGUGAUAACAAGCUAAAAGCACAACUAAAAUUUCACAUGCUAAAGACAACUUGAAUGAACUGCUGGGGCAGUGGUAUGUGCCUUUCAACUUGAUAAUUUGGGGACAUUUUCAUAUUGGGGAGAUUAAUUCUAUGUGUCUUCAUGUUCUAUAACUACAGAACCAUUUGCCAAAAAAAAAGUUUUUCCUGCUACAAAAAAUGAGAAGCAAUUUGCUUGAUACUGACUUUAUUACAUUUUCUGUUUAGUAGUAUUUUUCACUGCAAUAUUAAAAUAAAUACGACACUGAAGUCAGACUGUGUCUGUGUCACUGGAAUCAAAUCGAAAGCCACUGAAAACAUUGGUCUGUUUCAUUGAUCUGUCCCAUUUGCUGAUUAAAGGGUUGGGGCCCAAAUUCUCUGGCCUAGUAUUUCUCUAUCUUUGCUGUUAGGGCUUUUUGUAUACAGCAUGUGACAAACUCAAGAGGCCAAAUCUACCAGUCAUUUCUGAUUUUACCAUAUUCUUCCUCUCUUCCUGCUAAAGAGA